CGUCCAGCUUUCACCUGGCCUUUAUUACCUUUACAAUGCUGUUCUGUCCAAAUUGCGCGAAUCUGCUUGUUAUAUCGGCGGAGACGGGCUACAACAAAUGGGCAUGCAACACCUGUGCGUACGAGUUCCCGAUAACUAAGCAAAUGACCUCGCGCACCAAGAUGAAGCGCAAGGUGGUUGACGAUGUUCUAGGUGGCGAAGAGAUGUGGAAGCACGCUGACUCGACCGCUGCGACUUGCCCGAAGUGCGACUUUGGGAGGGCGUACUUCUAUCAGCUUCAGAUCAGGUCCGCUGAUGAGCCCAUGACAACGUUCUAUCGAUGUGCCUCGUGUGGGAACAACUGGCGCGAGAAUUAACGGCAAAAGACCAUAUACCGUGAGCCUGUCCAGACGGCUACUCAGAACAGCGCUUCUUCAAUAUAUUGCGGAACACGCACUGGUGACUUCUCGAAUGGCGACCGAGACCAGCGAGAAGUUCGGGACGUUACGUAGACGGGAAGGAGAGAAUAAGGUAUCUCCAUGGCUUAUGACUGGGUCUACAGACUAGCGACUAGUAGCGGCUGGACCUGUAUGCUCUGAUCCCGUUCUGUCGUGUAUGCCCACGGCGGCAGCGGCGAAACUCGUCUCAACUAUAGGAUUCUCGUGGGAGGGCUGCUAGUCCACAUUGAACGCUUCGUUG